GUGUGGAAGAGGAGAGGAAGACCAGGAGGGAGUGGGCAGAACGCGACUUCCAGCGCCAACGUGACUGCGUAAACGAUGUAUUGAGACUUCGCGAACGUGUGCUGGCUGAGAGAGCAGCCAAAGGAAGGGAUGCAGCCACCUCACACUCUGAUAUGGGUAUCUACGUUGAGGACAACGGCACAGAAAAACUCUAUGCUCUUACUCCUGCAGCUAAAGCGUGGGCCCAGAGUAGAGUCCGAAAGAUGAGGAAAGAUGCUGUGGAUCAAGUGACGGAUGAAGAGGAUCACUCAGGCCACAUAGAGAACGAUGUUAGUGGGAGUGAUACAAGUAUCUACCAGAGACAGAAGAACGAAAGCAGUGAAGAGGUUGUCAUAAAAGACGAAGCCUUCAGUAAACUUCUCGAGAACUUGUCUGAUGGAUCAGAGGACUCGGAAAAACUGGACGGCUUAACAGAAAAUUCCUCAGACCUCGAUGAAGCUGAGAAUAUUGACCGGACACAUGAUCCCAUGGGAGCUACAGAUGCCUUAAAAGAAUUGAUUGAUUUUGAAGACUUAGGAAAACCUACAUCACUGAGCGAUUCUGGACUACCAAAAAUUUCCAACACACGAGAUAUGCAAUAUGACUUCCAUCACGAGAACUCUUCUCAGAUAUCGAAGUCUGAGGAUUCAGGUGGAGAAAACUGCACUAACUGUUCCUCAGACUGCCCUCAUACAAGAGAACACGACCAACUAUUAUUAAAAGCUGUCACAAUUUUCUUAAGAACUGCACUUCAGCGUCGAAUGAUGAGCAGAUCAAUUACUAUUCCAAGAAUUGACAGCGAGGAGCUACUUGGCGUUAUUUGGGACACUGACGAAGUUGAAAACUAUCCAGCACAGUACGAGGUGGAUUCCAAUUCCGAAGGGCAGUCCUACCUGCGCCAGCUCGUCUCUGACCACAACUCACAUCCUCAGAACGAAUCAGACAUUGAGGAGAUUCUGGAAAAUAUGAUGGAAUUCGAAAUAAACAAUUUGCAGGAUCUAUAUGAGCGUCACAACCUAGAAAUGGAGAGAUUCUCACGAACACCAGACAACAGCGAGCCAGAGGCUGACGAUGACGUGGAAGAAAUAGUAAACAAUGGCAUGUUGAGGAACAUGAAUGGUAUUGAUAAUAAUAAUGAAGCAGAUCCUGUGAGAGUUCCUGUGUUCGGCGAGAGGUGGGUGGAGGAUGCUAGAAGGAUCAUGGAGGCCGGUGACUGGCAAGAGGAGCUGGAGAGCUCCAGUAACACGUCCGAAGAGGAAGAGAGUGCAGAUGAGCUUAUCAUAGAAACUCCAGAAGAAACCAGUUUGGUUGAGGAAGAGUCAAGCCUGACUGAUGAAGACAGUCAUGAAAGCAUUUUUGAAGAGGAGAGUGUGAAUUCUGUUUCCCCUGUGUUUGACAGGAACGAACUUCAAGAACUUCUGAAAUAUAACCCCAUCAGUGAAAGGUCCGGCUUUUAG